AUGGCAAGUCCCCUAUACCGUCAAGCUUCAAGCUCCUCAGCUCUUCCCGAAUCAACUUCAACAUCCGUCGCGCCAUCACCAUCCGCUCGCAACGCUCGAUUUUCCCCUCCGAACAACCCAUCCAUCGCUAAUAUUCCCAACUUCUAUACACAUCCCGCUCGUACCUCGAUAUUCAACGCUUCCGGCCAGCUGAACAUCACCGACUCCGGACCAACGAACACUAUCAAUAUGGAGGCUUCUGGGAUCGAGACUGGGGCGAGUACUAUAAGGACCGGUCUGCCAUCAUUCUCGCGAGCUUUUAACAUGCUGGUGGCCUCGGAGGCGGCUGCUGGCGCCGAUAAUACCUUUAAGAACGAAGAGGACGACUUCUUUAUCCCAUCAUACCUUGAGAACUCGACAUAUGUCCAGAAGCUCCAAGAAGCCCACAAAGCGAAGGUUCAGGCUCGCGAUACGACACGCAAUUCUACCAAUGGCUUCUCACAUGGCUCAACUACAUCGUUCAACCAGCAUCCAUUGCCUCCUGGUUCUCACCGAGGCAUGUCGCAUACAGUGAUAGAACGCCCCCCAGCCUCCGAAGUGGAUGACGAUCUUGCACCUCUUCCAACGAGAUGGAACAAGGAGGAUCAGAUGCCAGGCAUCGAAGUCCAAAGCAACGGGCUCGACAUAAAGCACAUUGGGCCUAAGAAUCAGAAUGACAGAGACCAUGAGGCAUGUGGAAUCCGUGCUGAUCAUUACAUGCCCCCUCAGUGCGGAAUAUACUACUUCGAGGUGCACAUACUGUCCACGAAGCGCGAUGAUGCUACUAUCAGCAUCGGAUUUAGCACAAAGAUAGCCGGGCUUUCAAGACCUGUUGGCUGGGAACCCGAGUCCUGGGGCUAUCACGGGGAUGACGGUCGAUGUUUUACUGGCCAAAACAUCGGCAGGCAUUUUGGUCCUAGUUACAACGCCAACGACGUGGUUGGAUGUGGUGUCAACUUUAAAGAAAACCAUGCUUUCUUUACUAAGAAUGGAGUCAAGAUAGGAACGGCAUUCCAUGAUGUUGCCAGAGGCAAGCUCUACCCAACAAUUAGCCUCAAGAAGCCUGGCGACUAUAUUCGUGCCAACUUUGGACAGACUCCGUUUGUGUAUAACAUCGACGACCAGAUGCGGGAAGAACGUGACAGAGUGCACAAAGCUAUUCAAGCUACGGACGGGUCAACUCUUCUCGCAGGUCUUUCAGAAACCGACCUUAUCCAGAACUUAGUUCUUCAAUUUCUUCAGCAUGAUGGCUAUGUAGAAACGGCUCGAGCCUUCGCGGAAGAUAUGGUCCAACAAAAAAAUGCCUUGAAUUUUGAUUCCAACACCGAGUACACCUGUGUUGGCCUUCGGGAUGAUGAAGACGCUAAUAACCGCCAGCGCAUAAGGCGAGCUAUACUUGAGGGAGACGUCGACAGGGCGCUCAAAUAUACUAAUGCAUACUACCCUCAGGUUCUGCAAGAAAAUGAGCACGUCUACUUUAGAUUACGGUGCCGCAAGUUCAUCGAGCUGGUGCGUAAGGCGGCGCAACUGAAUAUGCGCAACGAGCCAAAUGGCAAUAAGCACGUUACCAAUCAGACCAUGGAUGUUGACCUCAAUGGAAGCGAAAAUACUUCAUGGGAAACCGAUGGAAGCGAUAAUGCGACUGAGCUCGCUGAGCUCGAACACAGUAUGCUGGAGUAUGGCCAAAAGCUUCAAGAAGAAUACGCCAACGACCCGCGGGUAGAAGUCAGCAGAGCACUGAAUGAGAUCUGGGCUUUGGUGGCGUAUCAAAACCCUUUGAAGGAGCCCCAAGUGAGUCACCUCUUGGAUAGGAAUGGAAGAGUCACGGUUGCGGAGGAGCUUAACUCGGCCAUUUUGCUGUCUCUCGGAAAAUCGUCUCGGGCAGCUUUGGAGACGAUUUAUGCUCAGAGUAGCGUACUCCUCGAUGACCUGCGUCAGGAUGGUGGUGAAGGAGCCUUUGCCUCGGUCAGCGAUGUUUUGGAUGGGAUCCCUCAGCCAUACCAGAACUAG